AUGGAGUUAAUAGUUGAAGCCAGCCCGCGACGGGUUUAUGGAAAUGCUCACACUUAUCAUGUCAACAGUAUUUCUAUCAAUUCUGAUCAGAUUCUUAUUCAAGCCGGCGCCAAUUUGUUAGCAGUUAAUGCCGAAGGAAACAUGCCAUACGAUAUUUGUGAUCAUGAGGAGACAUUGGAUGUGAUUGAGAGUGAAAUGGCUGCAAGAGGAAUCACACAAUCGUAUAUUGAUGAGAUGAGAGGUGCUCCGGAGAAGGCGAUGUUGGAUGAUAUGAAGAUGUUUCAUCAACAAAGAAGAGAACUUGACCUCCACGUGGCAUCAGCCAAUGGGUAUUACGAUGUGGCCGCCUUCUUGUUGACUUGUUCUGUAUCCCCUCUGAUCCGAGACAAUGAUUUCUGGCAGCCAGUACACGCUGCUGCUUGUUGGGCCCAGCCUGAUCUCAUCGAACUGCUUUGCCAAUACGGAGGAGAUAUUCAUGCGAAGACGAAGAAUGGAAAAACGCCAAUAGAAUUAUGUGAAGACUUGUCAACAAAGCAAGUGAUCGCAACACUGGUCCAAUCAGAAGCUCGACGUCGACGACUGGCAUUCGGAGCUCGUGAUUCGAUUUCUCAAAGAGAUCAAAGCGGGAAAUACGUGAAAGGAGUUCGAUCGAGGGAGUACAACGUGUGUUCAACAUUCAAAUCUCAUGAACCUGAAUUUGAUUACCUGAAGUCGUUGGAGGGUGGUGAUGGAAGUGGACGAACCAGCAGUUGCGGCAACGACAUCCCAAAAUGA